AUCAUUGUCCUCAAGUAUAUAGCAUGGUUCUUUCUCACCACUUUCUUGAACUUCUUACAGGUUUCAGCGAAAGUAUAGAAGCAAAAAUGAAACCUUUUAUCAUUUUUGGACAGAGAUAAAGAAGUUAAUGAAUUUCCUUCAGCGCUCAUAGAGGACAUCUCAGAAGUCUGUGCGUGAAUCCAGCUCAUUCUCUAAUGGCUUCAAUAAGCUUAAUUAGUUGAUAAAGUUACAAAGGGGCAAUAAUAACAGUUCUCAAAUUAUUGAUCAAGUUAGGUGUAUUAUCACAAAAAUAAAAAAGUUAGGUGUCAAUGGCAAUUUAAUACUAGUUUCUAAUUUGAUGAUACAUGCAUUAAUCGUGCCUUUUACUUUGUGCAUAUAACGGAAUUUAGUGUAUUUAAAAAACAUGUCCUUACUUGUGCCCUGAAGUAACUGCUUAUAAAUCCAGCUCUCUCAUUGUGCCAGCAAAGUGUGUGAUAUCACUUGCCUUACUCCAAUGGCUUCAAUAAGCUUACUUCAAGUUUCCGUAGCCAUCCUUUGCUUUUUCAUCCUCCAUUACUUUCUCUUCAAGAAACCUCAUGGCCGGUUCCGUAGGAACUGGCCGGUUCUCCGGAUGCUCCCCGCUCUGCUUAAAGCGCUCCACCGGAUCUAUGACUACAGCGUUAAGAUUCUCGAAACCUCUGACUUGACGUUUCCAUUCAAAGGACCGCGGUUUGCUGGAAUCGAUAUGUUGAUCACAGUUGAUCCAGCUAACAUUCAUCAUAUAAUGAGCUCAAGUUUCUCAAAUUACAUCAAAGGACCGGAGUUCCAAGAUGUUUUUGAUGUGUUAGGAGACAGUUUCAUCACCACGGACUCGGAGCUAUGGAAGAAUAUGAGGAAGUCUUAUCAAGCCAUGCUCCAUACUCAAGAGUUUCAAAGGUUUUCAAUGAGUACCAUGACAAGUAAACUCAAGGACGGGCUUGUUCCCCUUCUUAAUCAUUUUGCAGAGGAAGGAACAACUCUUGACUUGCAAGGCGUGUUCGGGAGGUUCACUUUCGAUACAAUCUGCAUCCUUGUAACUGGUUCUGAUCCUAGAUCUCUCUCCAUUGAAAUGCCUGGGGAUGAAUUUGCUAAAGCUCUCGACGAUGUUGGAGAAGCGAUUCUUUAUAGGCAUGUUAAACCAAGAUUCUUGUGGAAGCUGCAAAACUGGAUGGGAUUCGGACAAGAGAAGAAGCUGAUUGAAGCUAAUGCAACUUUUGACCGCGUGUGUGCCAAAUACAUAUCAGCCAAGAGAGAAGAGAUUAAAAGAUCACAAGGGGUUUCCAAUGGAGAAAGUGAGGAUCUUUUAACUUCCAUCAUAAAGCUAGAUACAACCAAGUACAAGCUCUUGAAUCCAAGUGACGAUAAGUUCCUUAGAGACAAUAUCUUAGCUUUCAUUCUCGCGGGAAGAGACACAACAGCCACCGCUCUCUCUUGGUUCUUCUGGCUUCUCUCUGAAAAUCCACAAGUGGUAGCCAAGAUUCGUCAAGAGAUCAACAACAACACGGAUCUAUCAAGAACCGGAAAUAGCCAAGAGAAUGUGGACAAGUUGGUGUAUUUACACGGUGCGUUGUGUGAAGCAAUGAGACUCUACCCACCAGUUUCCUUCGGGCGCAAGUCUCCAAUCAAAUCAGAUGUGCUUCCAAGUGGGCAUAAAGUCGAUGCAAACUCUAAGAUUAUUAUCUGUCUUUAUGCAUUGGGGAGGAUGCGAGCGGUUUGGGGAGAAGACGCAACGCAAUUCAAGCCAGAGAGAUGGAUUUCGGAGAAUGGAGGCAUAAAACAUGAGCCAUCCUAUAAGUUUUUAGCAUUUAAUGCCGGUCCAAGAACUUGUCUAGGUAAACAUUUAGCUAUGACUCAAAUGAAGAUAAUGGCAGUGGUGAUAUUACGAAACUACGACAUCAAGGUUCUCCAAGGGCAGAAGAUUGUGCCAGCUCUUGGCUUUAUAUUGUCAAUGAAACAUGGUCUUAAAAUCACAGUUACUAAGAGAUGUUCUGCUUGAACUUAUUCAUGUACUAAUAAAAAAAUCAUUUUGGUUUGGU